UUAUCAGAUCAGUUUUAGCUUCAAGAAGACACAGUCAGCUUCAAACUGUGAUCACUGCAACACACAGGCACACAGAUUCAGGAUCUCUGUGUAAGCAGAUUUGGUGUGCUAUAAUGGGGUUUGUUCAUGUUGCUGUGGCUGUGCUCGGCCUUCUGUCUGUCGGACAGUCAGCUCCUGUGACAAGCUGUAAGAGUCUGACUCAGCCUCUGGAAAUCCAAGGAAGAGACCAAUUGCUGGGCAAAUGGAUAUUCAUAGCAGAAAGCACAAACAUCACUGGAUCCAGACUGCUGACAAAGAAGUUUGUGGAGACUGCCUGGAGCAAAAUCACUGCUGCUAAUGAGAGUGAUGUCAUCAAUAAUUAUCAGGCUCAAAAAAUGUUUGGCCGAUGCUUCAGUAUUUCUACUAAGGCGACAGUGGAAAACAGCACUCUCUCUAUGGUGCACCCUUACACUGCUUCUACCAUCCUGCUGAACACUGCCUGUACCGACUGCCUUGUUUUCUACUCAAAGUUCACCACUGGAAGCAGCAUAUACGCUGGUGUUCAGCUCCUGAGCAAGAGAAGUAAUGUGUCUGCUGAUGAGCUGCAAGAAUUUAUGAAGCAAGUGGAGUGUCUAAACUUACCAGCACCUGCCAUCCUGGACCCAGAGAAAGGUUUUUGCCCAGAUGAGUCUUUCUCACAAGAAACAGAGAACACUGAUCUGACCAAUUUCAUGAAUGACAUGGGUUCUGAAGUUCUCAACCUAAUGGAAAAAAUUGUGGCCAGUGAUGGUGGACUGAAGAUGUUUAUGAAGCUGGUAUCCAGUAGCAUAUCUGGAUUAAAACAAAAUUAACAUUGUCAAACUUGUCACAACAUGCUCAUAUAAUGAAGAUGCCACCACUGUGUGAAGAGAAUUCUUCCAAUAAAAAUUAAGAUACUAAA